AUUUACAAAUAUGAACCCGUCUUUGGGAGCCAUAGUCCUUACUCUCAUGUAAUCAUUAAUGUGAACUGCUGUGUGUGGCGUGUUGCUGCCUCGUGUUUUGUCUCGUAUCAUUCUCACACACAUUUAGUUGUACCUUAGUCCGAUCUGGAAAAAAGAACACCAAUGUUCAACCUUCAUGGUCGCCAGAUACAAUCCCAUUCUUCUUGACGGUGUUCUAGCCUUUAACAAAGUGAAUCAAUCGACUGCUCCUGGACUCACGACAAGCACGUCACCACUGGAUUUGUCACAGAAUCAAUCUACACUGUUGUUCUCUGUGACUGAGUGCAACAGGAGAGUCGCAGACACAGAGAGACUCGUUGUCCAGAAAGUUCUCUAUUUUGAAAUUUUGCAUCAAGGAAUUGAAUUCAAUUUUAUUCAUCGAGGUUUUUUUUCCGGAUAGGUAUUAAGCAUCGGAACGGUCUGGUGCGCAGUGAAGCUAAUCUCUUUUCAGUGUCCGUACUGAAGCGCGCGUGAUUUUAACGCUAUCCCUCGUGUCAAGUUGUAAAUAUUUAUUUUAGAAUAUCUCGGAAUUCAUUUUGGAAUGGCAACGGCAUCGAAUGGAACUAACUUCACCGGGAACUUAACGAACCAAUUUGUCCAGCCACCCUGGCGCGUCGCGCUCUGGUCGGUGGCAUACAGCACCAUUCUGGCUGUGGCGGUCUUUGGAAACCUGAUUGUAAUCUGGAUAAUACUGGCCCACAAGAGAAUGCGCACAGUCACAAAUUACUUUUUGCUUAAUUUGGCAUUUUCUGACGCAUCUAUGGCAGCAUUUAAUACUCUUAUCAAUUUUGUGUACGCAACGCAUGGUGAUUGGUACUUUGGGGAAUCAUACUGCAAAUUCCACAACUUUUUCCCGGUCACCUCUGUUUUUGCAAGCAUCUACUCUAUGACUGCAAUAGCUGUUGACAGAUACAUGGCUAUCAUCCAUCCUCUGAAGCCGCGGCUAUCUGCCAAAGCCACCAGAGGGGUGAUAGUUUGCAUCUGGGUGCUGGCGGUGGUGCUGGCUUUCCCUCUCUGCUUCUACUCUACUAUUAAGGCGCUGCCCAAGAGGACCCUCUGCUACCUCGCCUGGCCUCGUCGCUCUGAAGAUGCCGUCAUGUCAGACAUCUUUUACGUCAAGCUUUCUCUAUUGUACCAUAUCAUUGUUACUGUGCUAGUGUAUAUUUUGCCCCUGGGGGUAAUGGCAAUCACCUACACUGUAGUCGGUGUGACCUUGUGGGGAGGAGAGAUCCCGGGGGACACCUCAGACAACUACCAUGGCCAGCUCCGAGCCAAGAGGAAGGUGGUGAAGAUGAUGAUCAUUGUGGUGGUGACAUUUGCCAUCUGCUGGUUGCCGUAUCACAUCUACUUCCUGGUGUCUGGCCUCUACAGGCCAAUCAAUCGGUGGAAGUACAUCCAACAGGUUUACCUGUCAGUCAUGUGGCUCGCUAUGAGUUCCACCAUGUACAAUCCCAUCAUAUACUGCUGCCUUAACAGCAGAUUCCGUGCUGGCUUCAAGCGGGCCUUCAGCUGGUGCCCGUUUGUGCGCGUGUCCAGCUAUGACGAGCUGGAGCUGCAGGCCACCCGCCUGCACCCCACCCGCCAGAGCAGCAUGUACACGCUCUCCCGGAUGGAGACCAGCAUGGUGGUGGUGUACGAGUCCGGCGAGGCCAAGCAGGCCGGACGCAAGGGAGCCCCGUCCUCUCGUCACCUCAACGGCUGCGGCGCUGGGGAUAACGCAGUGGCACGGGCAGUGCCUUGCACAGCUCACACUGCCCAACAGGAGGAGUUUUCGUAAGGAGAUUGGCGCACAGAUCAGUUUCACUGGAGUCUCCCGUAGGCCUUCGUAUAAGGGUGGGUGUCCGAAAAGAAAGCUUCGUAUCACAAGAGUAUUGUUUGUUCAUUACAGAUGUUCAAGUCAAGUUCCUUCCUAUGAUUCUUGCACUGGGCAGUAUGGCUAUAUAAUUAUAUCACUUCAGAUAUGGACAGAGUAUAUCAUCAUAAAAGGUUGUUUGGUGUAUAUCACUGUAUAAUGUGUUCAUAACAGCUUAAGGUGGCCUAUUUUGAUUGACCUACCUUGUCAUGGUCAUCCAAUGCUUGUCUAUGUUGUUUAUUUUUUUAUGCUCCUUUUUUAUGCCCCGAGUAUUAGCUACAUACAAUGUCAAAGUCAUGAGGAUCUAGUCCAAUGUUAUCAUUAGGCUACUCAGGCAGCAGCCGGUUAGUGACCGAGCUGUUGUCAGCUAAGUUGUUUUGUUUACCAAGUUAGUGCAGCAAAUCAAACCAUAAAAAACACAAGCUAAUUUACCACUGUCAAAAAGAAUUUCUCAACUAACCAAAGAGGAGGCCUAAAGAUAUAUGUGAGAUAUAGAGGUAUAUAGGUUUAUGUGCAUUGUGUGCUGAUUUAGUCUUGUAACAUUCUGUAUAUUGUCUUUGCAAACAGGAAGUAUCACUGGCAGUGUGCAAAUUAUGACCAAUUAAUUGGGUAUUGUGCACAUCCAGAGUACGUAAAGAGCAGUCAUUUGAAACAACUGAGCAUGGAUAAAAGUGGUAAUGAAGUAGGCCAAAUACUAAUUCAGAAGCUUAAUUCAGAGCUUAAAGCACAAGGGACCAAACAGUCUUGGUGAAGUGGUUAAAGGUCCUUUCCUGUUUGCCAUAGUCGCGACAACCAGCUUCCAUCCAUGGCUCAGUAAAAGGGUAUGGGAUUGGAAAAGAGGAGAGUGAGGACAGACUGGUGACAAGACAUUUGGUGUAAUUUAGUUGAGUUUAGCUUUUUCACACUAUGAUGCAGUGGACUUACUGUAACAAGAUAAGGCAUUAUGUUCCCAGUUUCACAUCUUGUAAUUCAAGUCUCAAAACCCAACUCUUCUUGUAUUUUGCCAAAGCAUACAGUAUUCUUUAUAUUUGCACCAAGCAGGAUCAAGGCCUAACGGUAACUAACUUCAAGCAAGAAACAUUUAUCAGUUGGUUUAAACCAUUUUAGGAGAUCUGAAAGGCGUACACUCCAUUAGCCUAUCCACCACCAAAAAAGGUAUUAAUCAGCACCAUUAAACAGGGUUUAACCAGUGAAUAUUACCCUUUAGUUAAUAUUUCUAGAGAUUAACUAAAAAUGGGCCUUGUUGAUUACAGUGUCCUUCAAUCAGAGCUGCCAGAAACCUUGUGCUUGUGAAAGCUUGUAUAGUCUGAGGAAUUAUUUCCUCUCAAGCUCCCUGCAGGAUGCCCCCUUGCAUGCAGUUUUAAUUGCCAUUGUCUCGGCAGAAAAAAACUCUCAAAGGGAAAAUUUGUCCCCAGUCUUUCUCAGUGGCAUUGCUGAUGAGCACGAGAAAGCCUCGUCCAUUGCUACAUUUUGUUUAAAUUACAAACACACAUUACAAAUGGACGUUUUCUUCUCAACACACUAUAUAUAGCACCAGUCCUCUAUGUCUGAACAAUCACUGUCUUUGUACCCUGCCCAGGAUUGUCACACUUGACAUAUAAUGUACACAUACCCCUGCACUGUAGCCUACCCCCAUCUGUAGUGAUGUUGGCUGGAGACUGCUAGAGUUUAUAAUGCUGGCAUACCAUUAGAGGGGCUAUACGUAAGAUUGACUAUCUGUCGGCUAGCGGGCUAAAUUAUUCGAGACUCCCCACUCUAAGCAGAUUGGGGAUAGUGUAUUUUUACGUUUGUAUACCCCUACCUCCUCUCCCUUCAGAGGAGUAAACAAAAGGACUGGCCAAGGUGGAGGAGGCUGAAAGCUACAUGUAGCAUGAAAACAUUUAUGUGAUUGAAAGAUACCUAAGUUACCAUUAGUGUUAUUAUGAAUAACAUUAACUUAAUCAAGACAAACAGACCCCUGUUGGUCUUCAUUUAAGCAUUUGAGCUUUUGAGCUAGCUGAUUAAUGUUAACCGAUGAGCUUGCUACUGAGCUACUUGUUGAUACAUGAUAGCCAUGCUUACUUGGGUAUGUGCGUAAUUUAAUCCAGUACUCUGAAAAUGGAUUGAGGCACUGUAGUUAAAAAAAUUGAACAAUCCAUUUCUCUACAAAUUCAUAAACACUUUAACUGUCAUAAUUUUAGGCUCUGAAAUGGUAUUUUAGCAAUUAAAAACACCCUUUCUGACAGUGUGGGCUUAUGCCUGUCAUGGCACUCUUGCCUUCCCUUGCUGUUUUCACUACAGUAACUCACUAGUGCCUCUUAAGGUACAAAGUGGUAUUAUGAGAGAGGCAGGAGCGGCUCUAGCUGAUUAGCAUGCUAACUUUAGUAGAUAUCUGGGCCUCACAGUGUAUAGGUUAUUUUAUCACAUUAUGUGGCUGUUUUUAGUUAAUUUCUGAAUGUUUUGAACUAAAAUUCUUACAUAUAUCACCUUUAAAUGACUUUCUAGCUACGUCCGGAGCAUCCACUCACUCUACAGUCCACUAUACUGUGAAUCAGCCAUUUUGUAGUGCUGAUCGAAUUCUUAACUGUAAAUUAUUUUCACUAUAUAGUGCACUAUAAAAUUCCCACACACGCUAUGAAUAGCAUGGCAACUAUAGAUCGCAUUUUUGCUAAAUAUCACCAUUGUUGCCCUGUAAUGGUAUUUUAUCAAUUUUACCGAAGGAAAGCAGUCCUGUUGCCAAAUUAACGUUAACAUGUUGGUAAGUUACCAAUACGGAACAUUUUGGAAUGUAGUGUCCUGUUGUUUUAACGCCUGAUUCCCUACAUAGUGAACUUGAUAGAUUUUUCUAUGUGGUGGGUGAGUGAGUAAGUGAGUGAGUGGAUGUUCCGAAUAUAGCUUCGGACUUCAGACACGAAAAAGGCACCAGUUUGGAACUCGUUGGCAUUCAUUUCAGGUUCUGUUUUUGUCAGAAGUUCUUUUUUUGCUUGUUUCAGUACUUCCAAGGGUCCCAGGGAAAAGCAACACUGGCCAGUUUUGUUGCUCCGAACCACUCACGCUGCCAUUUAUCCUCUCACCUUUCAAAUGCAAAUGCAGACCAUCAAGCGGAAGACUUUCCAUGCCUCUGCUAGUAAUGCAGUCCAGAUGUUUUGGGAAAUUGAUUUGAUUUGUUUUUCUCCAUUGUAUGCAUUGCUGACUCAUCCAGUAGUAUAUGGACCCACAUCUCCACAUCUCCUCUCCAGCUCAGUCCUACUGGCCCUUCUCCUUCUGAGUGUCUGAGUCUCCCUGCUUGGGCCUUGUAACAGGCAGGCCAUUAACAUUAAUAGUCAGCCUACUGCUUUGAUUACUUACCUGAUCUGUGCUUUGCAUGUUUUAUGCUUAACACACCACAUGCGUAAUCCUCAUCCUUCCUUUCCUUAUCUAAGCAUGAAUUGGACAGUGGAGGGUUACCGCAUUGAGGAUACAAAGAAAGGCAAAGUGAGGUAUUACUGUUACAUAUGUGUCAUUUGGAAUGGGGCCUGACUGGCAAAGCGUGUAAUUCACCCAAGUAUCUAACUGGCUUUAUUACAGGCAAAAAGGGAGUUCUGAAAAAACAACACUGUUGGUAAGGAACACAACCGGCCGUGACCACUGUGUGUCUAUGCUGAGGCUUUAAUUAGACCACAUGUAUAACGAAAGAUUUUGUGCCUACCACCCAGAUGAACUUUCCACUGGCUCUCUCUAGGCCAAUAUAGGAGACAUUGACUUUUGACCAACCUGCUGACAACAGCAAUUAUUCCGAUUCAUCACACUGAUCACUGCACACACCAAGGGGGGAAAAGAAUCUCUCGCAGCACUUAAAAUGGCUUCCCUCACCUCCUGGUGAACAGACCAGUAAUCUCCGUUGCCCCCUAGGGAACAGACCUCCAGACUCAGCUCUGGGUGGCAUGGACUGCCCUUCAGCUUUGAUAACAGAAGGUCUGCCCUGGGUAACAGUGGCCUUAGUUAGCCUGCCACUACUGCUUACUACUGCUAUUAAUGGGAGCGCCUGAUGCAUCAUCUGGAUGUGUGCCAGACCCCGAUAAAUCAAUGAGGUUGGCUUAAAUGCAUCAACAGCCAUCGGUCACUCGUGGGGUAAAGCAUGCUGAUCCUGCUUGUUCACUCUUAACCAGUGGAGACAGUGUUUUGUUCUCUUUGAGGAUCGUUGCGACUUACUUUCACACUUCAACAAACAUGCUAGAGCAUAUAACACAUGAGGUGACAAGGUCAGAGAAGAAUGAACCAUCUACUCCCAGUCUCUCAAUGUUGUAAGCAUUUGGGGAUACCUCACCCAGACUAGUGGUACAACAGUCUGCAGUGUUCCUUCUAUGGUCGUGGUAGAUUUCCAGAAUAGCAAUGGAUAUCAGUUGCCAUGUGAUUAGAAAAAGUGUAAUGAAAUGAAGUGUAAAGGCCAUUUUGGAUGUGUUUAAAUGUGAGGAUGUUAUGUUCUUUGUUUAGUGACAGCAGCAUAAGUCACUGGUCUGUUCCAUUUGCACAAAAUAAUGCAUGUGCUUAAGCUUGCAAAAAGGAAAGAUAAGUUGCGUGUAUUGGUUUUGUUGUGUCAACAUUGUCAAGCCAUAGAAACAGCAUUAGUAUUCACGUGGUGAUAAGAAUUUGCUUUCCUAUACAUGUUGGUGAAGCGUGCCCCUUGUAAGACAGGGACCAAAUCAUUGUUGUUUUAUUUUCUCAGUACACCUUUAAAUCAUAGCAGUCAAAAAAGCGCAGAGGACUAGUUAUGAUAAAAGAUGACUCUUUGUGUAUAUAAUGCAUUUUCCAGAGUAAAGAAUGGUAUUGUGUUAUAUUUAUAUCAGAAUUAGCUGAUUUAUACGUUUUUCUUUCAAAUCUUUAUGUAGCUACAAAAUAAUACAUUGACAUGCCAGAAUGUGUUUAAAUAUUAAAAUUGUUUAUCGUUGGUGGAUGACAUUGAGUCUCAAUGUGUUUUGGCAGAUUGUUAGAAAAAGUAUAAACAAAAGCCUAAUGUUGUGGAUGGCAGAUGCCAAAAUCACUGUUGCUUUGACUUGUGGUGUUGUGGAACAUUUACAGGCUUGUUGAGCUGGUCCCAAUCAUAUUAGUUGUUGUUGAUGUAGUCAUCGACGUUCUGUUCCCUCCCCUGUGAAGCUCAGUGGUGUAACACAGCUGAAGCGUUGUAUUGUCUGCAUCCUUCCAGAUGUGUUGGCCUAUAAAAAGAAUUAUUUCAACAUCCAAUUUCCACUGCUUGGUUUGAUUCAUUCUGCCUGCGUUAUCGCCCCAGUGCCCUGCAUGAUUCUGCAUGCAUCCAGAUGCCUACGGCCAGAGGUGCUGAAAGCUGGCAGGAUCUCUCACCCUCACAGCUACGGCUAUUGAUUAUUUAAGCCUCUGAUCCUUACAAGGGCCCUGAGGCCUGACUGACCUACAGCAUAGCAAACAGGUCUGACUGCCCCACUGCUGUCUUGCCUCAGCAGACGGAAAGGCUUCAAGAUUAAUUGAUUUUCUUCCAGGUGGGAGAUGCCCACCUGUGAUCCUCUCUCUCGGCAGGAAAGAUAUAAAACUGCACAAUAACGCCACAGUGGUUUUCUGGGUUUUCAAAAACAAACAAAACAAACAAAACUAAAAAGCACGCACAUAUACACACACACAGACACAUUCUCACUCGCACAUCGAGACCCGUGAUGAUUUGACUGUGGGUUAUGAAACUGAUGUUUGAGGAAGAUAGUGGGUUACACCAAAGCAGACAAAGGUUAAAUAGAUUAUAUAAUUUGCUACAUAUAUACAAACACACACACACACACAGAGGGAGAGAUAGAGGGAGAGAGAGAGAGAGAGAGAGAGAGAGCGAAACAAACAAAUCAGGAAUAAUCCUGUAGCUCUUUUCAUUCCUGGACAGCCUUUCUUUGGUCUUGUUUGUUCAGUUUUGGUCCAUGCCUUAUUUCAAAGCCUUUGUAAAAAUGGCUACUCUUUUGUCUCUUUUGGUUAUAUAUUUAGGAUAUGAUCCUCACUGAGAGAUUCAGAGGUGAUCCUUAUAUGUGUAUAUACCUGAUAUGUGUAUAUAAGUAUAUAUGUGAUAUGUUAGAGUAUGUUACAAAUAGAAUGUUCUAGAAGACAUUAUGAAAGUAUUACCAUGCAAGAAUGUAGACUAUUUAAACUUAAUUACAUAUGUUUUAGUAUUUUGUCAAAGGAACAGAACCAACCUUUUUUGUAUAAAAAAGAAAAGUCUUACUGCCAUUGUGAAUGUAAUAUGGAUUUAACUGUGGGGUAUCAUUUUGUCAUUAUUUUCUAUUAAGCAAGUGAAACAUACAUGUAAUUAGGGUUGUCUUUGUUUCCGUUUGAUGUCUGUAUGUAUUUGCCAAAAAUAACUGUGUUUCUGUGGUGUGCUGAUUAUAUAUGAGUCAGUGAUGGAUAUCAUAGUGUAGUCGCAGUGCAGUUUCAUAGCUUCAUGUCAACAACCUGCUUUUGUUUCAACUCUGUGAUGAAGACUAAUACCGGAACAUACUAGUUAUGAUGAUUGUUUGUGGUUUUUGUUUUUCCUUUAAUAGUUAAUUUAUUAAACUGAGUGCUCAGUUAUUGUAUUUCUGUUAAUAAUCAUAUAUGUAAUGUUUUUUUUCAUUCGUUAUUCAUUAUGUUCAUGUUCAUCCAUGACCAUGAAUGCAAUUAAGAUAUGUUAUACAGACCAAAUCAGUGAGGCAAAAAUAGUUUCGUUUAGCAUCCAUCUUACCAGUAUAUAUUCCAUAAUGUAUAUGCUAAUUAAAAUGUAUAUUUAUUUAUGUUUAUCCUUAAGUGUAUUCUUUUGAUCCAAUUUAAUAAAUAUCAUCUAUGUUA